CCAAGUAAACUCUAAAGAUAAACCUUAUUUAAGGUAAUGUUUUAAAAUUAGAACUCAUUUAACAUGACAGCUAGUAUAUGGUAAAAACCCAAUCAAAUCGAUCUCCCUCCAUUAUGCAUGCAAUUCAAAACCCAUAAAAAUUUAAAAUUACAGGUAGUACACGGUAAAAACCCAAUGAAAUCUCCCUACAUUAUGCAUGCAAUUAAAUUCAAAACCCAUAAAAACUCACUACUAUACAUUAUGUAUUAUGUAUUACCUCAAAUUUUCAUAUCCAUGAUCCACUUUAUCUUAACCUUUUUCCCUCACAAAACCAUAAGUACCAUACCAUUCAUCAUCUCUAUAAAUCCAUAAAUACAUAUAUACAAACACCCUUCUGUUUCACUUAUACUGUUUAACUAGAAACAGUCAAAUUUUUCAUAUCUUGUUACCAAAACAAAACCAAUAUUCAUGGCGUUCAAGAUCAAGAACCCACAUUCUUUCUUCCAUCACCACCACUUCAUAUCAGCUACAACAAUCAUCAUCUUCAUCAUCAUCAUCAUCAUCUUAAACAAUUCCCAUCAAACCACAGCUUCAAGACUCAUCACACAACAACAACCAAUUGCAAACCUCAUAACAGAUAGUAACACAUUAGGUCAAUGGGUUCAGCUAAAAAAAUCCAUAGGCAUCUCAGCCAUGCACAUGCAAGUAAUGAAAGACAACAAAGUCGUCAUUUUCGAUCGAACCGAUUUCGGCCCAUCAAAUAUCUCCCUACCAAAUCACCGCUGCCGUUUUAAUCCACGUGAUCAGGCACUCAAACUCGACUGCACUGCUCACUCAGUUCUCUACGACAUUUCAUCAAACACCUUACGUCCAUUAACUCUUCAAACCGACGCUUGGUGUUCUUCCGGCUCUGUUUCACCCACCGGAACACUAAUUCAAACCGGCGGUUACAACGACGGUUACAACAAACUCAGAACAUUCAAUCCAUGCCCGGAAAGCAACAACUGUGAUUGGGAAGAACUUCAUCAGAAUCUAUCUUCAAGUCGUUGGUAUGCUUCGAAUCAGAUUCUUCCAAACGGAAGAAUCAUCGUCGUCGGUGGUCGUUCUGCAUUUUCAUACGAAUUUGUUCCGAAGAAUUUCAACGAUGCUUCACAUUACUUUUUUCGAUUCUUGCAAAUUACGCGUGAUUCGAAUCCUGGUGAAGAAAACAAUCUUUACCCUUUCUUGCAUCUUUUACCCGACGGAAAUCUCUUCAUCUUCGCUAAUCGGCGUUCGAUUUUGUUUGAUUAUGAUCGGAACAGAGUAAUAAGAGAAUUUCCGAUCAUUCCCGGAGAAGAAAAGAGAAACUAUCCGAGUACUGGUUCAUCCGUUAUGUUGCCGUUGAAUUUGACCGGAAAAAACUCUACGUCGUUGAUUGAGGUUGAAAUUAUGGUUUGCGGUGGUGCGUAUCCCGGCGCGUAUGAUUUUGCUAAUAAAAAGAAAGUGUUUCUAGAAGCUUCUAGUAGUUGUGGGAGGUUAAAGGUUAGUGAUUCUGAACCGGAGUGGGUUAUGGAGAUUAUGCCGAUUCCACGUGUCAUGCCGGAUAUGAUUUUGUUACCGACGGGUAAUUUGAUUAUUCUGAAUGGCGCCACAAAUGGUACUGCUGGUUGGGAAAACGCGGUGAACCCGGUCUUGUGUCCGGUUUUAUAUCGACCAAAUUUGCCCGAUCCAUUUUUGAGGUUUCAGUUGUUAGCUCCAGCGAGUACGCCGAGGUUGUAUCAUUCUUCAGCUGUUUUGUUGCCAGAUGGGAGGAUUUUAGUUGGCGGGAGUAACCCACAUAAGCUUUAUGAUUUUCGGGCGACGUAUCCAACCGAGUUGAGUUUGGAUGCGUACUAUCCAGAAUAUCUUGGGCCGGAGUUUGUUGCAUUGCGACCCAAUAUUAUUGCGGUUGAGGUUGUUAAGAAUACAGCAUUGCAUGGGAGUUUGUUUUCGGUGUCAUUUUCGUUAAGGAAAAAGAGUGAUUUUAAUGGAAUUCGUAUUUCGAUGGUGGCACCUUCAUUUACUACUCACUCGUUCGCAAUGAAUCAAAGGGUUUUGUUUUUAGAAAUUACGGGAAUAGAGGUGGUUGCGGUUGGUCAAAAUUCAGGUGAGUUUGGUCUCGAAAACUCAACAGAAGAAGUUGCGAGUUCGAUUUAUAAGGCUACUGUUCGUGGGCCCCCUUCUUUUAAUGUGGCCCCACCAGGGUAUUAUAUGCUUUAUGUUGUCCAUGCUGGAGUUCCUAGUGUUGCUACUUGGGUUCAUGUUGACUGAGUAUAGUUAGUUUUUGGUUUUUUUAGUGCAAAAUAAAAAUCUAGAGUCAUUCUUUCUUUCAUUCAUGACUACUUUGAGGCUUUUUUUUUUUGGUUACACUACUUUGAGGCUUUGGUCAUUUGUAUAUUUUUUAAUUCCUGUUUGAAUUUAAGAUGGGAAUUUUUCAAUUGUAUUUAAAUUAUCAAGCAAUUUUGGUAAUUUUC